AUGUCUGGAACUAGCCAGAGAGCCUCGCCAGCACCUCCAUCAGCCAAACGGCGGCGAACAAAUCUCAGCGACAGCAAUGCUGAAGAACAGGUCGUAAAUUCCACUGAGUAUUGGUUCAGCGACGGAAACAUCAUCCUUCAAGUGGAAAACACCCGUUUUCGAGUACACAAGAGCGUCCUCGCGAUUCAUUCACCCAUCCUUCACGACAUGUUCUCGGUUCCACAACCUCCUGAAGGGGAAGAGUUUGUUGAAGGCUGCCCUGUCGUUCAGCUCUGGGACAGGGCAGAGGACUGGGAACUGCUGCUGUGGAUAUCGUAUCGCGGCGUGCAGUAUCGACUCCAAGAGAACACCCGGCCCCAUCUCAACACCGUUGCGGCCCUCCUGCGGCUGGGCCACAAAUACGAGAUGGCAGACUACCGAGAUCAUGGUCGAAGGGGGCCAUACGGGUUCCACCAUGCAGCCGCCCAAGCCGAUAGGCAUGUCAUGUGGGCAACCUUUGGGGACACCUCUUCCUUCUCCGAUCUAUUUAACCUCGUAAUGGAAUUACGCCUCGAGACCGUUCAACCACAGUUGUUCUUGUCGACCAUGUGUCGACCAGACUUUCCGGAGAUGCUGUGGACUGGAACGACAGCUGCCGAUGGAAAUGUGUCGAAAAUCUCAACCUCGAUGCACGGGGCCCUUAUCAUGGGCAAGGAGAAGCUGUGUCAGGCCCUCCGAGACGACAUCUUCGAUUGCAUCUUGCACUGGGAGCCCGAUCACAGCGCCUGCACGAGCCCUGCCCGGUGCGAACCAGAGUAUCGAAAACUAAUCGUAAACCUAUUCACCCCUGUGGUCCAGCUGCAAAAGGCGUUCAGCUCGAAAGCUAUGAAUAGCUUCUCUCAGGCCGUCUGUCAAAAUUGCUCGAUUACUGCCAAGCAGAGCGUAACGGAGGGCCAGGAAGCUGUUUGGGAACGGCUGCCAGAGAUAUUUGGUUUACCGAAUUGGGACGAGCUGAAGGACUUCAAUUUUGAUUAA